UGGAAAGUGGAUAACCGUGGUGAGCACCUGAAUCUGCACACCUGCAACUCGUUAAGCGCUGAUAGCCACCUUUAAUUGACGGCUAACAUGUAGUUGAGAAUGAAAACAGCUCUUACUGUAAAACAACGGAGCUCUCCUCAGCUGUUUGGAAGCAGGCGGGACUGAAAUCUCGUUUGUAACAACUUUGUGGAAAUAUGUAACAAAACAGAUGAGGACGGAAAAUGGAGCAGUCGGCAACCCUCAAUAUAGAGAACCUCAAGAUUACCCAGGAGCAGUUUAUCCUGGCCUCGCAGUCCCUGCACCUCCAGCGUCCGGGCUGUGAAGCCGUAUAUCCAGUGGGACUGUACGGCUGGAGAAAGAGAUGCCUCUAUUUCUUCCUGCUGCUGCUCCUGGUCACCAUGAUAGUAAACCUGGCCCUCACUGUCUGGAUUAUUAAGGUUAUGAAUUUUUCAACGGACGGAAUGGGAAACCUGCAGCUGAACCAGGACAGCCUUCACCUGGAGGGAGUCGGCGAGUUUCAGAUGCCUCUGUAUGUGAGCGAGAUCCAGUCCAGAAGGGACAGCUUGUUGGUGUUGCGUUCAGAAAAGAAUGUAACACUGAAUGCCAGAAACCACCAAGGCCAGUUGACCGGUCAGCUUACAGUGGGUCCUGAAGGUGUGGAGGCUCAAUGUCAGAGGCUGGAGGUGCGAAGCAGAGAUGGUGGCAGACUCCUGUUCUCUGCAGAUGAGGAAGAAGUCACAAUGACAACAGAAAAGUUUACUGUCACAGGUUCUGAAGGUGCCGUGUUUGGACACUCGGUGGAGACUCCGCUGAUCAAGGCGCCGACGUCUGAGGAUCUGAGGUUGGAGUCGCCAACAAGAACCCUGACCAUGGAGGCUCCAAGAGGGGUGGAAGUGAACGCUGCCACGGGGACGCUGAAGAUCAGCAGCAGAAAGGAUCUGCAGCUGGAAGCCACAGAGGGAGAGAUUCUCCUUGAUGCCGACAGCAUUCGACUGGAAAACCUCCAGCCUUCAGGAAGCAGGCUGUGCAAGACCUACCUUUCUCCAGCUGAGAGCGUUUCCACCUGCCAGGCCAUGAGCAGCAUCUGCCUUUGGAGCUGACCUGAGAGCUGACAUGUCGUGACGGAGAGCAAAACCCGACUAUCGGCUCUGCGAUCUGAGAUUACUGGAGUGGAGACGGAAAGCUUCAAGCUCUGAGCUGUCAGUGCUCAUAGCAGGACAGAAGUGUUCAAACCGCUGCCUGUGGAGGAUCGACGGAGGCUCACACUUCACUGACUGACUGAGAAGGAAAGUCAAAAAAAGUUCUCUGAAACCGGGAAUACGUACAGAUCAGUUCUCACAAUCAAAUCACAGACAGAGGAUGCAACUUUUAUUUUUCUACUUUUAGGUUUAUGAAGAUUGUUUUAAAUUUGAAAGGAAAAAUAAAUAACAAGGUGCCUUCAGUUUUAAAUGGUGUCACAUUGAAACUGUCUUGUCAAUUAGACACAAAGGUAUUAAAAAUAAAGCAAGCACAAAUGAAAAC